AUGGCAGUUCCUUUUUAUGGCUUCUUUUUAGCAUACAUUCUUAUGCUUUGCUUUCUUAUCUAAUUCUUCAUAUUUCAUCAUUAUUAAACAGGCCACAAAGAUGGAGAUCUCCGGAGGCAGCUGUUAUUCAUGACUUUCAUCUACCAAUGCGCAGUUUUGAAGUUAAAAACAGGUUUUAUGAGGAACAAAAGCAAUAUGUCUAACUAUUGAGAUGUCUAGAGUCCAAUCUUUGAUCUGUAUAGUACUGAGAUCCUGAUAAAACCUAACUAUUGAGAUUUCUGAUUAAUCAUUCAUUUCCCCUGAUUGUUAUCUGCUUUUUAGUUCUUAGACAAGAAAAUCCGGGAUCAGAAGCUAAGUAGUUUUGCAUUCAGUUGAGUCUCCAAAACAUUAAUUAUAGUGGCUAUCCUGCUUUUCCUUGUUUUUUCCCCUUCUGUAGACUAUUCUACUUUAACGUUUCUCUCUGCUUAAUACCUUCAUGUUAUAUGCUAAAAGCUAUAUCUUGACCUCACAUUUUUUGUUACCGAUGCAGUAUCUACCUGCAUUCAUAAGUUUUUACUUUUAUACACUAUCCAACUAGGAGAAAGGUACAUAAUGUGAUCCAAGUAAUGUUAUUGCUCAACUAUCCGUGCUUUGAGGGUCAACAUUUCAUUCGAAAUUAGUGAUGAUGGGUAGCAUGUAUGGUAUCUCUUGAUCCUAUCCCAUAAAUGCGGAGCGGCAUAUAAUGCUUGCUUCCAUCACCAUUAGGUAUGAGCGAUUUCAAUGAUUUGGAGGGCUUCAUCUUUUCUCAUUUCCAAUAAUGAUGAGGGCACCUCCAGUAGUACAAAUGACUGCUGUCACUAGUUUCAAAUGGAACAAAAUGAGAUGGCGCUUUUGUUUCCUGUUUAGAUGUCCUGCAGUUUUCUUUGGCUGCUGUUUCUGCGUUGCUAUUGAUACUCGAAUCAUUUCUUUUGUCUUAGAACAUCCGCAGAGGACAUAAAGAAGCUCAGAUUAAUCACUGCUGUCAAGACCCCAUAUUUGCCCGACGGGAGAUUUGACCUGGAAGCUUUUGAUUCUUUGAUGCACAUGCAGAUUCUGAAUGGCGCUGAGGGCAUCAUAGUCGGGGGCACGACAGGUGAAGGCCACCUGAUGAGCUGGGACGAGCACAUCAUGCUCAUUGGGCACUGUGUCAACUGCUUUGGCAUGUCCAUCAAAGUGAUUGGAAACACUGGUAGCAACUCGACUAGGGAGGCCAUCCAUGCAUCUGAGCAGGGUUUUGCUGUGGGCAUGCAUGCUGCCCUCCACAUCAACCCUUACUAUGGCAAGACAUCCUUGCAAGGCUUGAUCUCUCAUUUUGAGGCCGUCCUCUCCAUGGGACCCACCAUCAUCUACAACGUGCCAUCUAGGACCGGCCAAGACAUCCCCCCUUCUGUGAUUGAGGCCAUCUCCCAGAAUAGCAACAUGGCUGGUGUCAAGGAAUGUGUCGGGAAUGACAGGAUAAGGGACUAUGUGGACAAGGGGAUUGUGGUGUGGAGCGGCAAUGAUGAUCAAUGCCAUGACGCCAGAUGGGCGUUUGGGGCUACUGGCGUCAUCUCAGUCGUGAGUAACCUUGUCCCGGGUUUGAUCCGCGAGCUCAUGUUCCAAGGCAAGAACCCUUCUUUGAAUGGCAACUUGAUGCCGCUGAUUGAGUGGCUGUUCCGGGAGCCAAACCCCAUUGGGCUCAACACCGCCCUGGCCCAGCUGGGGGUGGUGCGGCCAGUGUUCCGCCUGCCGUAUGUGCCUCUCCCUGUUGAGAGGAGGAUAGAGUUUGUCAACAUAGUGCACAAGCUUGGAAGGAAGAAUUUUGUGGGGGACAAGGGUGUCCAAGUUCUUGACGAUGAUGACUUUAUUCUUGUUGGCCGAUAUUAG